AUGCAGACGUCAUCAUCGCAGCUACUUGUCGUUGCUGUGCGUCCUUGUCGAUUGUCCUUGUUGCUGUGGGUUUACGGGAAACCAGGGCAACGCCAUUGGCUAGGUGGCGACGAUGGCGGCAAUGGCGCCAACGGGAAGCGCCUGCGGUCGGGUGGUGGACGGCGGAUACUGCACCCCUCUCACUUCAGCACGAGCUCUCGCUUUUCUUCAGGCGUAAAUGGCGGGGAAGGUCUACUCCUCGAGAACGAGGACGACGACGUCACCUCAGCAGUGGGGUGCGCAGCCAUUGUGGGGAACGAGUGGCAUUGCCUGGGAAACGCCUGGGAGGUGACGUGGUGGGAGGGUGUGGACGGAGGCUCCGACUAUGUCGCUGGCUGCAGUUACCCACCACAUCAAACAAGUACUUUCCACUUAAGUGUCUGGGUUCAGGACAGUAAAAAAACUUCCAUAAAUCAUAUUCUCUUUCUUUUCCCCGUGGGGCCUGGUAAAACCCGAAAUACACCUCCCGGCUCCGGAGCCGGUCGUGCAUCGGGCACAGAGCCCACUUACACUAUUCAUAAUCCGGCGCCGUGGCCGCAGCCAAACCGCACGCAGCCCGGGGCCCGCGCGAGCAAAAACGCGCAGAUGAUAUCGCGGAGGCGGCGCGCGCUAAAUGGCAGAUUCAUGCUGCCACCGCAACCGCCGACGCCGCCGACGCCCGCCGCCGGCUACAACGCAGCGCCCGAGUCGAAUGGCCCACAGGCCGCCCCGAGCGGCGAAGACCGCGUUCUGCAGAGGCAAGCAGCCCGAGGACACCGCACUGCUCGAGGGGACUUUGAUUUUGCUGCCUUGCUAUAG